GGCGCAUUUGAUUUCUGGCCAAAGUGCGGGCAACUCUUAGCUGCAGAAACCACAGCUGAAAAUGAGGAAAAUGCAGGUUUUAUGUUUAGCUGUGGUGGUAUUAACAGCGUACUGCGUGAACGCGACGAUUUAUUUUCGGGAGGAGUUUCUUGACGGUGAUGAAUGGAGAAGUCGCUGGGUGAAUUCAAAGCACAAGUCAGAUUAUGGGGAGUGGAAAUUGACUGCUGGAAACUUCUAUGGAGAUGCUGAGAAAGACAAAGGUCUGCAGACGAGUCAAGACGCUCGCUUCUACGCCACCUCUGCCCGCUUUGAGCCAUUCAGCAAUGAGGGGAAGUCCCUGGUCAUCCAGUUUACAGUCAAGCACGAACAGAAGAUCGACUGCGGCGGCGGCUACGUGAAGGUCUUCCCCGCCGACUUGGAUCAGACCGCCAUGCACGGAGAUUCUACAUACUACAUCAUGUUUGGCCCUGACAUCUGUGGCUACAGCACCAAGAAGGUCCACGUCAUCUUUAACUAUAAGGGCAAGAAUCACCUCAUCAAGAAAGAAAUUAAAUGCAAGGAUGAUGAACUGACCCACCUGUACACGCUGAUCCUGAAUCCAGAUCAGACCUAUGAGGUGAAGAUUGACAAUGAGAAGGUCGAGUCUGGCAGUCUGGAGGAGGACUGGGACUUCCUGCCUCCUAAGAAAAUUAAAGACCCCGAAGCCAAGAAGCCAGAGGACUGGGAUGACCGCCCUAAGAUCGACGACGCUGAUGACACCAAGCCUGAGGAUUGGGACAAACCUGAAAACAUUCCAGAUCCUGAUGCCAAAAAACCUGAAGAUUGGGAUGAAGAUAUGGAUGGAGAAUGGGAGCCACCGGUGAUCCCCAACCCAGAAUACAAAGGAGAAUGGAAACCCAAGCAGAUCGACAACCCCAACUACAAAGGAGCCUGGGUGCAUCCUGAAAUCGACAACCCUGAGUACUCCCCUGAUUCUAACAUCUACAAGUUUGAUAACAUCGGUGUGAUCGGUCUCGAUCUUUGGCAGGUGAAGUCUGGCACAAUCUUUGACAACUUCCUGAUCACGGAUGACGCGAAGGAAGCGGAAGAAGUUGGAAAGGAGACAUGGGGCGUGACAAAGGAACCAGAGAAGAAAAUGAAAGAAGAGCAGGAUGACAAAAAGCGAAAAGAAGAGGAGGAGAAGGCAAAAGAACAAGCAACUGAGACAGAAGAAGAUGAAGACGACGACGAUGACGAAGACGAGAAGGAGGAUGAGGAAGAGGAAGACACAAAGGAUGAGCCGGAGGAAACGAUUUCAGAAAGUGACGAUUCGGUACUUAAAGACGAGCUUUGAGAAAAUGUAGCUAAAAGAGAAAAAAGCGUUAUGAUGUCCCUUCCACAGAGACUGUCCUGUAAAUCUCGGGGACAUUGACUGCUGUGCAUCCUUUCCCAGAGAUACAGACAAAACCCGGCUUUGAGGUCUGAAGUAGAAAAUUGGGUUGAGUGGGGUGUUUAAUGGACUUGGUCUCUCUCUCUCUUUUUUUUUUUUUUUUUUGUCAUCUUACCCCGUAGGUUCUGUGGGUUGUCUUUCAUUCUGUGUUUUGACCAACAUCCAUUCUUCUUUUUGCAGUGACACAAUGGGUUGAAUAAAAUCACAUUUAGACUUUCACAGUCUAAGUUUAAAAAUAAAUAAUAAAAAAAAAUAGGUCGGAAAUGGAGACUGAGGCGUUGUAAUUUAUUUUGGUUAUUUCUGCAGCACUGACUUUAACUUUUCUUUCCUCAUUCUUGUCGGCAUAAUUGAAUGAAAUGUGAAGCUAAAAAUGGAGUCCUGAUACAAAUCUAUUUGCCACUAAUUGUAACACAACUCAUGUUUCAUGAUAAUAUGCUGGGAUUUGCAGUGAAUUCUGGAGGAACAGACGGCGACGCGCUGGUGUAACUCACGCAAGGGUUACAAAUUUUUACUCCACAGAAUGUUAUUCAUGCCAAAGUUUUUAUUAAAAGAUGAUUACCUUA